UAUAGCGCGACUUCACGCAUUCACAGCUCAUAUGCCUCGUUCAUGCAGUUUUUCAGUCCCAAAAAGCAGGCCGAACAUGGCGACGGUCGUUACCACGGUUGUUACGGACGACAUUACCCAUACCCAUCGUCAGCGCCUUUGUUAAUCCUUAUUCCUGUCUAAUUUGAGAGUGAAGAUCCCUUUAUCUGUUGUUCGUCUCAUUAGCCGCAUAAUUGUACGGAAUAAACAAAUAUCGACAAAAUAAUCCAAGCAGUACUUACAUCUUGAGCGGCAGUUGAUUCUGAGUCGACGCGGCUCCAGGGCAGUCGAUCCGCUCCGGAUUCAAGGAGAAGUGAAGUAGACAGUGGUCGCGAUGGCUGCAGCCGCGGCAGCUGCUCUGCUCGAUGAGCUCAUGGGCAGGAACCGCAACGUACUCCCCAACGAGAAACCUAAGGAACUUAACUGGGAGGAUCCCGAGUUCUGCAAACUUUAUCUUGUCAAGUUCUGUCCACAUGAUCUGUUUGUCAACACCAGAGCAGAUUUGGGUGUGUGCGCAAGGGUUCACGACGAUGAAGCUAGAGAACUCUUUGAGAAGGCUCCUUACAGUUAUCGUAAACAGCAAUAUGAAGAUGAGUUUAUUAGGUUUUGCCAAAGCAUGCUUAGCGAAGUUGAAAGGAAGAUUGUCAAGGGAAAACAGCGACUUGCACUAAUUGGCAAGACAGAAGCGCCAACUCUAUCACCUGCACAAACCCAAAAAAAUGAAGAGCAAAUUGCUCUAUUGACAGAAAAGAUAAAUAAACUUGUGGAAGAGGCAGAACAAAGUGGGAUUCAAGGGAACGUAGAACAGGCUCAGGGUUUGAUGCGCCUUUGUGACCAAUUAAAGGAGGAGCGUGAAACCUUGCGCAAAUCAAAUGAUAAUAGUCAUUACAAUCAGACUGCAGAAUUAGCUGCUGCUCAAGAAAAGCAAAUGGAAGUUUGCGAUGUCUGUGGUGCAUUCCUCAUUGUUGGUGAUGCGCAACAAAGAAUAGAUGAUCAUUUAAUGGGAAAACAGCAUGUUGGAUAUGCAAGGUUAAAAAGCGCUCUACAAGAAAUAACAGCAAAACGAGAGAAAGCUAGGGAUGAAAAAGAACAACGACGAGAAGAAGAAAGGAAAAGGGCUCGAGGCGACGAUGACAGAAGAAAGAGAGACGAUCGAGACAGGAGAGAUAGAGAUCGUGGUGAUCGUGACCGUGAUCGUGAGAGGCACAGGGAUAGGGAUCAUGAUAAAGACAGGGAAAGGGAAAAGGAUAAACGACGAAGGCGAGAUGACGACAAAAGGCAUGAUAGAAAUUCCAAGCAUGGUAGUAGGAGCAGAUCAAGAGACAAGCAUGAUCGUCACAAGGACGACGACAAAGAGCAUCGUCAUAAAGACAGAGGUAAUCACGACCAUCGUUCAAGCUCUAACCAUCAAAAUCGCAAGCGACACCGAUCCAGAAGUAGAAGUCGCAAGUAACUACUCUUGAUUGGUUAGUGAGUGAGCAGAAAAUCAGGUAUGCAAUAUACAAUUUAUUAUUAACGUCUCAAUUACUGUACAGAUUGUUUUGUCAGGUAAGUUUCAUUAGUUGCACCUUUAUACAUCAGUAAUGUUUGUGACCUAUUGAUUCAUUUGUUUUUAUCAUAAAAUCAUAUUUUCAUCUGUCAUGGAAAUACUUGGCGCGGAUGGUCACUCAAUAACAUUUUUACACUAAUUCCAUAAUAGAAUUUCAUUAACACCAAAAUUACAAACAUUAACAAGAAAGGGCGUGCCAAGUUUGUUUAAAACAAAACAUGGUCUAUGAGAAUAAAUAAAAGAGGAUAAAAUGAUCAUUUGUAGAUGUUGAGACGUUAAACUAUACUUAGUAUAUUAAAACAUACAGAGCAAGGUAGGAGAAGGUAUACCUACACUUGCUUUGGGUCGACCAUAAUAUAUCUUUAGGUUGUACACAAAUUUUAAAAAAACUUCAAGGACAGCGUAGAGUAUGAAAAAAUAGUAUUGAAAAAAAAAUUAGUGAUUAAAUGGAGGAAACAGAGCCUACUUCCGUAAACCUGCCUCGACAGUGCCCUGCGUGACUGACUAUACAAUCCUAGCUUCUGCUACGCAUUUCAGAGGUAUUUAUGGCGGAAUGAUAAUACCAGAUCAUGGCCUCUUUUCCACAAAGAUGUUAGAACUAUAAAAAUCAAAAAGCACACUUUUUCAUACCAGACAUUGAUGCUCCUCAUUAUUUUGAAAUAAUUAAUUGUUUAAACGGUAUUUCCACUUUGUCAAAAUGAAUUGAGUUAUAUAAAAAUAUAUUAAAAGUAAUUGAAAGUACUCAGCUAUAGAUGGUUAUUAAGUAAAAGACGAUUUCACUAUAUUUUUUAAAUGCAUAAUUCUCUUAUCUUGUUACACUAAUCGCGGCAAUCGAUAGCGUGUAAUUUGAUUAUUUAAUUUAUGAAUAUUAAUAAAAGUGAAUGAUAAAGAGCUUAAUUUAUUUCAUAUAAUGAUUAUCUUUGUCUGUUAUCUUUAGUGCAUACAUAAUCAUAAUUAACACUAACUGACGCUCCGCCUUCGCGUCUAAUCAAUCGUUCAAAAAGAGACCUAUGUCAAUGAUGAAUUACAAAUAAUUCUUAAUGAGCAAGUAUUCAGAAAUAAUAAGUAGAAAUAGUUUAGGUUUUAUCUUAUUUCUUAUAAAUUAAACUAGCAACAAUAUUAUAAAAAUGUUAGAUUUUUUCAUUAAGGUGGGUCUUGCAUGUUUCAAAAAAUAAGACCACCUAAAUUUAAAAAAAUUUUUUUACUACUGAUAUUCUACUAAGUAAUUAUGUUAAAUAUGUCUUUGUAAUCUUUUAAAAUAAAACAUAGCUUACAGAUUAUAAAGGUACUAAAUCAACCGAUUUAAUACUCGUAAAACAAUAUUUUUUACACAUUGUUUAUUAUUACAAGUACUUACUCAGGAAAAAAUAUUGCAAACACCAAUGACGAGGUAUCAAUUGCAAAGGUUGCGAGAAUUGUAUACAGCAAAAUGCAGUGAUUUUGUAUAUGCCCCAAAACCCAAACCCUUAAGCAAUUUUAACAUUGCCAACCUAUUACUUAGGAAUUUUUACAAUCUCAACUUUAUUUUAAUUUAAAUAAUAAUUCGGUACUAACAUAAUGCUUUAAUUUUUAAUAACUUCAUUUUUAAAAUGUUUUUUUUUUUGUAAAUUUAUUUAAUAUUGUGUAAGACCCACCUUAACGAGGUAUUUUUUAAAGAAUUUAUUUUCAUGCAUUAGUUAUUAAUCUAUGAUUAACUGUGUAUGAAAAGGCAUUAUUCUACAUUUAGGUUGUUUUCAACUAUUCUAAUGAUUACUUUUUAAAAUGUCUUAAAAAUCUUAGCAAAUAUUUAAUUCAAGCUAAUAUUUUAUGUCAAAUUUUGUAAAUUUUUGUAUACAUAUAAUUAUGUGCCUAACAAAUACAUAUAUUUAAAGUAUUUAUUUUAUAUUUUCACAACAUGAAUUGUCUAUUUUCAGGAUGUACUGCAUGGAUGGAUGUUGUGAGAGUCAUAUACGCCAUAGCAAGGAAGCUGGUGCACAGCUUAAUGUACUGUUUAAGGUAAAGAUUUUCCAUAAAUACAGUUUGAGAUUUUGAAAGUGAAUUUUGCACUGGCAAGAUGGCCGACAACUAAAUGGAAGUCAGACGUCGUUGAAUCGAUUUUCCUUCAUAGACUUUUAACAAUCAAUUCAGAUAUACGUAUUUAACGUGUGUGAAUUAUUUUACUCACUUUAAGUACUGGCAGCAUAAUGAGUUAUAUGUAAAUUCUGCUAUUGUUAUUAAAGUAAAUCUAAUUCUGUAACAAGUAUGACUUAUUUAUUAUCUGAAUUGUAUAAGUUAGAUCUUGUUAUCAUGAGACAACUAAAAUAUUCUGAAAGUUUUCAAUAUUUAGACUUUGUAAUGAUUAAUGCUUAAUAAAAUUAUACAUAUAGGACACUUGACUUGUAAAAGAUUUAUAAACCAUUCUACUGUAAACAAUAAAGGAACCUUUAAAUAUACCUAUCUAUAAAUUC